GAAAAAUAAAGUUGGUCACUUUAACAAAACCUUGACAUCCCAUCCCUCAUCAAUCAUCCAUGGUGUUCCUGUUGCUGGGUGGAGCUUUACGCAAUCCCAUUAUACCCUCCAUCAUUCAUCAUCAUAAUCCCCUUCCAUGAUCCAUCUAUCAACUCUCCAAAACAAUCAAUCUUCCUCUUUUUCUCUCUCAAUUUCUCUCUACAAUCCAUCUAUUUCUUCUUCAUCCAAUGUUCUAUGUAUUAUUAUUCCCCACUUUUCUAUCUCACUUUCAAUCACACACCCUUUGAAACACAACAAAAAACACCCUUCAAUUUUUCACCAAUUUCAUUAAACCCCACUUCCCAAGUUUCGAUUUUUCCUCGAUUUUCCUGAACAAUAUCGAAUUUGCUUAUCUGGGUAUCUGUUAAAUUUUUUCCUCCACUUUCAUGGGUAACGUUGGAAGUAGCGGCGCUAACCACCGCCGGAGACACGGCGGAAGCGGAAGCGGCCGAAGGAUUCAUCCGCCACCUCACCCGCCGGUGGCGCCGCAGCCGGAAAUCGCGGCUAAUCGGUUUGUGUACCCUGCUGCCGCCACGCCGUAUCAUAACUACCCAGGUUACUAUCCCCCGCCGCCGACAACCGUGCCGGUGCCUUUGCCGGCACCGUAUGACCACCAUCACCGUCCUCCGAUGGACCCAAUGUGGGGGUGUUAUCAGGCGCCGCUGCCACCUGCGCCGUAUGUGGAGCAACGGGAAGCGGUUACUAUAAAGAAUGAUGUCAAUGUUAAGAAGGAGACCCUGAAGAUUGUGCCUGAUGAGGAAAAUCCAGGACACUUCCUUGUGUCAUUCACUUUUGAUGCCACUGUUUCUGGGAGUGUUACCGUACUUUUUUUCGCAAAAGAAGGUGAAGGUUGCAUCCUUACCCCAAUGAAGGAAAACGUUCUUCCACCCGUGACCGUAAAUUUCCAGCAAGGUCUUGGCCAGAAGUUUAGACAACCAGCUGGAACUGGUAUCAAAUUUUCAGAGUUUGACGAAGCUGAGUUGUUGAAAGUGGGGGACAUGGAUGUCUAUCCUGUAGCAGUUAAAGCAGAUGCAUCCUCUGGCGACCAUGAUGGAUCAGAAGAAACUCCAGCAUCUGGUAACACAAACUCUCAGAUAACUCAAGCAGUGUUUGAGAAGGAGAAAGGAGAAUUCCGGGUGAAGGUUGUUAAGCAGAUUUUGUGGGUGAAUGGGAUGAGGUAUGAGCUGCAGGAGAUAUAUGGUAUUGGAAAUUCAAUGGAGAGUGACUUGGAUGGGAAUGACCCAGGAAAAGAGUGUGUUAUCUGCUUGUCAGAGCCUCGGGACACAACUGUCCUCCCAUGCCGCCAUAUGUGCAUGUGUAGUGGAUGUGCAAAGGUUUUGAGGUUCCAGACAAAUAGAUGUCCAAUCUGCAGACAACCAGUUGAGAGGCUUUUGGAGAUCAAAGUUAGGCCUGAGCCUGAGGAAUGAAGAAGAUACAGAGUUACUCACACAAGCUUCCUGUACAGUCCAACUGUUUUAGUUAUUACUUUAUCAGGGUUUUUCAAUAAUCCAAAAAAAAAAAAACAUUUGGAAUUCAUGUAUGACCAUUAUCUUUAACAUGGACAACAUGCUGGCAUUGCACCUGACUUGUAUUAUAAGUCAAUGCCUCCGUCAUGCUUGUUUGGUUUUUUUUUCCUAAUUUCUAAAUGGCUUCCCUUCUGAA